AAUAAGUGGAGAACAUUGAAGCACCCAGGGACCCAGGACCCACAGGUGAUUCACUUGGCUUUAAAAAUUCACUUCUUCUCUCCUAAUUAAUAUUGAGGGACGGAACCAACUGUAUUCGAUGGAGAAUUAAAUUACGCACUGAGUUAUCAAGAGGGAGGGCAAUAAAAUGAAUAAAUUGAGAUCAGCAAUUUUGGUAACUCUGAGAGGUUAUCAUGCUAGAGGCCGGCCUCGAGGUGAAAGAUUCAGAAAGAAACAAUCGGUGAUGAGUGAGAAGCAACUUUAUCCUGAUGUUGAUAAUUAUGAAGAGCCUGACGAGGAUAAUUUUGAUGAUGUGGAGCAGAACGAAAGUGAUUUUACGGGGGCUGAUCGAACUUACAAAGAAUAUAUGAGUGAAAAAUAUCACGAAAAAGAGAAACUCAAAGUCCGGAUAAUCGCGCGGAAAUAUUUCAAAUCAGACGACCCCAAUUUCAUAACUUGGUCCGAGAAGAUGCAGAUUAAAUCACUGCAUGAGAAAGAUCCAGUAGAGUGGUCCCCAGAGAGGCUGAGUGAAUCCUUUCCAGCACUUCCAGAUACCAUUCGCAGAAUUCUACGAGCCAAGUGGCUUCCAAGAAAUGUAAAUAUUGUCCUCAAGUACGACCAGAAGGUAAUCGAUAAUUGGAGUCGAUUUAGAUCCGGAAAUAUCGCCGUCAGCCCCAAACUCGAGGCUCAUCUGAAGAACUUUAAAGGUCGCAAGAUUGAGGCUAGUGAUUUGGAAACCAUUGCUGAGCAAUUCGUAAAAACGACGCCAGUUUUCCCAGAGCCCGAUGCCACUUUGUUCAGCUCAAUAGUUCGAGACACCAUUGAGGCUCCUAAGGUUCCAGAGGGAAUUUACCGAAUUUCUGAUGGGAAACCACAGCAAACCUGUUAUGAAAACUCGAAUCAUGACACAAAAAAAAGGAUGACUUUCGAUAGGUUCAUGGAUAAAACUCUUGCUAGACUUGCCAGUGUUGAUAAUUUGAGUCAGGAAGAACAAUCACUUGUUGAUGAAUAUAAAAAGAGAAAGGAUGAAAAUGUCUUGGCAGAUUGUGACAUCUCAAAUUCUAAAUCUCAAGUUCGAAACUUUGAAAAAUCGAAGCGAUUAAUUCCGUUUAACGAUAAAGAGGGUAGAAUUAUAGAAAAUCGAGAUAAUAAAGAGCAAGUAGACGGAGACAUUGAAAGUUCAUCUAUAGAUGAAAGUAAAAAAAUUAAAGUAAGAGGGACGAAUUUUUCAGAGUCUCAACUGGAAGAGAAGAAUGAGGGGAUGGCAGUGGGCGAGGUGAAGUCACAGGAAAAAAUGAUUCAUGUGCAUGUACCACAACUGAAUGUAGAAAAUGAUAGUUUAGCCACUGGAAUUGUCGAAUGGAAGAAAAAGGAAGUGAGUGGAACCGAGAAUUACCCCAGGUUUAUAAAAAUACCGAAGAACAAGGCACACAAGAAAAUUACAUUUAGGGUUGAGGAUCGCUAUUACGACUGUGACGGUGAAUUGUUGUACAGAGUUCCCGGACUGAAGUCCAUGUAGUAAUUAUUUUUAGGAUAAUGUAUACAGAAUUUCGGGAGGAAUUUGCCUCUUUGGAA